AUGGAAGGUAGACGAACUAUAUCGACUGAGAACAAUGAUAAGAGCCAAGAGAUACAAACUUUCCAAAAUGAUGACGGUACUGUAAGUAGCUAUUUCGAUAAAAGGAAAGUAAGGAUCGCUCCUAGAUCUACUUUACAGUUUAAAAUCGGUCCUUCCUUCACUCCAAAAGUUGAAUAUAAUGUGGUUAAGGAUCUGAGAACAGGUAAGAGAGUUGAAUUUGAAAUUAAACCAAGGAUUGAUAGAGGUUUUGAUUUUAUUGAAAAUGAGUGGAUCGGCUAUAAGAGAAAUUAUUUUACUGUUGUAAGUGCGUUUGAUACUCCGACCAUGUCUUUAGAUCAAUUUCUUCAGGGCAGUUAUGAAAUCCGGCCAGAUAAUAGUCAUAGUAGAUUAAAGGUGAAAUACUUUGCGGUUAAGCUUGUGGCUAAAUGUAUUGAGGACCAGUCACAGAUUAAUCUCGUCCAGCAUACGGCGAAACGUGAUAAAGGACCACAAUUUGCGCCGCCCAUCCACCCGUUGGUACCAGCGCCAUUACCGAAUCAUCAGAUGAUUAGGGAGGCAUCUAAUGUGAGAAAUGAAUCUAAAAUGAAGAAGUUUGAUCAUGAUUUUUUCCUUCAUAGAGAUCGUAUUGUUCAGGAUUUCGACGACGGUUGUAUUAUUUAUACUUAUCCAAAUGACACCAUAAAGAAGGUAGCUAGGUAUGAAAGGAUCCAAUUUGCAUCUUCUAUAACUGUGAAAAAGCCAACGCAGCAAAGCAAGCAUUUUGUCCUACAGUUGGUAUUGGGUUGUUGUAUUGACGGAAACCACAUAAAUAGAGACAACAACAGCCCGUACUACAACUUGGAUACGUACGACCAAGAUGCGGACACCACUUUCAUUCCUAUCUUAAUGAAGCAAACCCCAGCAUUGAUUAUAAGGGGAAGAUCUCCUUCUAACUACCCCCAGCAGAUUAAAACUUUGGCGACCAAAGAGGAAACGAUUAUUGUUGAAACAAGCAAUAGUAAUGUGCUUGCCGAGCCCAAGGUUGCUAAAAGAGGCAGGAAAAGGAAGGAGUACACUGAAGAUGAUGAUGAAGAUGAAGAUGAAUAUGAUGAGCCGGUUAUCAGCGAAUUAAACGGUAACAAGAGAGUUCAAAAAUACGACAGGAUCUCGAAUCCCAAGGAGAAACCAGAAGAACAGUUGACGUACAUUGAGGGCGUAAAAAGGAAAAUCGUGCCCCUCGUCCUGCAGAGUUCCUUGACCGCAAGGGAUUUAGAGUUAUUGCCCAAAACUUCUAUGUUAUCCGCCCUCCACAAUAGCUUGGAAGCUGAUACCACUCCCUCAUUCCAUCUCUCUCCACUGAACGAUUAUGAUGUGGAACUUCUGUCAAUCCAGUAUGAUCCAUUUAAUCUUGAAAACCAAGCUUACGAUCAGCACUUAUUAACGGACGGCAUACUUUUAGGUCCACUAGAGAAUAGAAAACGCAAAUUGUCUAACAAGUCUAGUAUUUCCUUGCUUUCUGAAACUAAAGUCAAGAUAUCUAAGAAAACGACAACUGCAGUCGCAACCACAAUGACUGCUACAUCGCAUUCGAGUACUAGUAAUGUUAGCUUUUCUACUUUUCACAGCUUUGGUCCAGGUUCUAGAGAUUUUCAGCAACACAACGCUACGGUGACCAACAAUUUCCUUAUCAAGCACAUAUCUCCGUCCCAGCAUCCUCAAUGUAACGAAGACAUCCCUAGAUCUACACCACACGUUAAUAAUCCCAUGGAUAUCUCAUUUUGUUUGAACAUUGAAGAAACGCCUGCUUCAAGGCAAAGGCCAUUUUCGGGCAAACGAGGUAUUGUAACGGCCGGAGGAAAUAGCAAACCGUCAGAGCUUUUAAAUUCUAGCGAUCUGCUUGAUGAACCCAGUUUCUUUCGCCACUAG